AAACAAUAGACAUUAGAUUUUUUAUGUUUGUUAUCAUCAUCCUCUUACUGCUUUUCUUCUCUACACUCUCAUGUGGAACUGAUAUCAUGAUCUCAUCCACCAAUCUUAGUGAUGGUGCGACCUUAGUUUCUAAUGAUGGAAGCUUUGAACUGGACUUUUUCAGUUCUGGAAGCUCCACCAAGAGCCGUUACUUGGGAAUUUGGUUAAAGAAAAUCUCAGUUCAAACAGUUGUUUGGGUUGCAAAUCGGUGCGACCCGAUUAAUGACACGUCUGGUGUUUCGAUGAUAAACAGCACAGGCAAUCUGGAUAGAAUUGCUGGUAAAUCAGAAACACUUUUGUGGCAAAGCUUUGACUAUCCCACUAAUUCUUGGCUGCCAGGGAUGAAACUUGGAUGGGACUUAAGGACUGAUCUUAAUCGACGACUAUCAGCGUGGAAGUCCCCAGAUGAUCCAUGCCCUGGAGACUUAACUCUUGGGAUAGAGCGAUAUAAUUAUCCUGACCUUGUUAUGUGGAAAGGCUCAAACAAGUAUUUCCGUGCAGGCGGCAGGGAUGGCAUUGGAGUGACUGGUUUAAGCCUACCGGGCCAAAUCUCUACUUUACGUUCAAUUAGGCUGCAGCGCACCAUAUGGAAUGAAGAAGCUAGAACUUGGGUAGUGUACAGUCAACUUCCAACAGAUGACUGUGAUAACUAUGGGAUGUGUGCGGCAUAUGAGACCUGUCUCGACACAUUGAUGCCGCCUUGUCAAUGUUUGAAAGGUUUCAAGCCAAAAUCACAAGAAUGGAACUCAGUGGACUUGUCUAGUCAGGUAUGUGUGCGCAAUAACGCAUUAGACUGUCAGAAAGGAGAUGGAUUUAUCAAACUGGAGGGGUUGAAACUGCCAGAUACUGAACAUUCUUGGGUGAAUAGAAGUAUGGAUCUCAAGGAGUGCAGGGCUAAAUGCUUAGGAGAUUGUCCUUGUAUGGCCUACACAACCUUGGAUGUUAAAGAAAACAGAGGCUGUGCAAUUUGGUUUGGUGAGCUACUUGAUCUUAAGAAGGUCCAAUUUGCUAGACAACAUUUAUACAUUCGAAUGUCGGCUGCUGAUUCAGACCAUGAAGAAACAAAAGGCAAGACCAAAAUGAAGUUAGGACUGAUACUUGCAAGAAGAGAAAAUAGCAGGAGCGACGAAAGGCAAAAUGAAGAUAUGGAACUCCCAGUAUUUGAGUUAGAUGCAAUAUCGAAGGCUACCAAUAACUUCUCCUUGAGCAACAAGCUAGGACAAGGUGGCUUUGGGCCUGUAUACAAGGGUACUCUGCCAGAUGGAAAACAAAUUGCUGUGAAGAGACUUUCAAGAAGCUCUGGACAAGGAUUAGUUGAGUUCAAGAAUGAAGUAGCACUUAUAGUCCAACUUCAACAUCGAAAUCUUGUAAAACUUCUAGGAUGCUGCGUUGAGGAGAAAAUGCUGAUUUAUGAAUAUCUGCCUAAUAAAAGUUUGGACUUCUUCAUUUUUGAUGAUAGAAGAAGAAGGCUAUUAGACUGGCCAAGGCAUUUUCACAUUAUUUGUGGAAUUGCUAGAGGACUUGUCUAUCUACAUCAAGAUUCAAGAUUGAGGACCAUCCAUAGAGAUCUUAAAGCAAGCAACGUUUUACUUGACAGUGAAAUGAAUCCCAAAAUUUCAGAUUUCGACAUGGCUAGAACAUUUGGAGAACACUCUGAGGGUAGCACAGAGAGAGUGGUUGGAACCUAGUAAGUCUUGUCUCUAUGCUACCUAACUUUAUUAUGUUAUAAAUAUUAUUAAAAUCA